AGUGGCAAGGUUUGCGCAAGCGCUUGGAGGGCGAGGGUAGCUGGUGGGUGGCGAGCUGUGGUUGCUAUUGAGUGGCGAAACAUGGCGGCGCAGAAAACGAUGGCGGUGCAGAAAGCGAUUUGCGUCCUGGUCCCUGACCCGACCUCCGGGAGUCAAGUGAAGGGGGUCAUUCAUUUCGAGCAGAAGGGUAGUGAGGUAUGUGUUUCGGGAUCUAUUGAAGGACUGACUCCAGGGAAGCAUGGGUUCCAUGUCCAUGAGUUUGGAGACAAUACUAAUGGAUGUACCAGUGCAGGCCCACACUUCAAUCCUGAGAACAAAACACAUGGUGGACCAGAUGAUGAAGAAAGGCAUGUUGGUGAUCUUGGAAAUGUGACUGCAGAUGCAUUAGGUGUGGCAAGUGUAUCAAAAAAGGACCAUGUUAUUUCUCUCUCGGGGCCACAUUCAGUUAUUGGACGUACUAUGGUGGUUCAUGCAAAAGAAGAUGAUCUGGGUAAAGGUGGAAACGAAGAGAGCUUGAAAACUGGAAAUGCUGGUGCUCGUUUAGCUUGUGGUGUGAUUGGACUGGCUAAGGCUUAGAUACUUCAAGAGAAGCAUUGUAUAUGAAAAACCACAUAUGGAUUGUCCUUGAGGAAUUCUCAGAUAUUUCUUUGCUUAGAGAAAAAAAAGGAACCACUUAAUCCUAUGGCUUUGUUUAAUCUGGAAGUUAAGCUGACAUGUCAUAUUUUGUAUACCUAUAAUUAAAGUGGCUGUGAAACAUAA